CAGAGCUUUGCUUUACACAGUAUGGCCGGCGAUAUUAGCUAGCGCUUGCUCAACCGCGUUCUCUGUAACAGGGAAUAAAACAGGGAAAAAAAAGAGACUUUAGCGGAGAAAUUAACUAUCCAUCAUAAACAACACCUAGAAAUCAACGAUAAUAUUCGAAAGCCACCUGCCAAAAAAUUACAAUAAAGUAAUAAUCGACGUAAAAUCUUUAAAGGCUACAUUUCAAAUAUAAAUUGAAGCUAAGAAUUAUUUUUAAGUAAAGGACCAGAAAAAAAAAGAAACCGGGUAAGAAAUUAUCAGCAGGUAGUUAUUUUUUUCCGUUUGAAGUUAUUUUCUGCGUUGUCGGUGGGUCUCCGGCUGCCGGAGGAGGGAGAGGCGGUCGAGAAGAUGAAGAUGGAGGAGAGCGCCGCGCACUUCUUUGAGGGAACAGAGAAGCUGCUGGAAGUGUGGUUUAGUCAGCAGGACGAGAGCAAAGGAUCCGGGGACCUCCGUGACAUCCCAAGGUUUGAGUGGGACAAACUUUUGGAGAGUGUGCAUUGUUUGAUCAUAAGUGUGACGAAAACUGACAAGCAGGAAGCUUAUGUACUCAGUGAGAGUAGCAUGUUUGUCUCCAAGAGACGUUUCAUUUUGAAGACAUGUGGUACCACCCUCUUACUGCAAGCACUGGUUCCCCUGUUACAGCUCGCCAGAGAAUAUUGUGGGUUUGAUGGCAUCCAAAACUUUUUUUAUUCCCGCAAGAACUUUAUGAAACCAAACCAUCAAGAAUACCCGCAUAGGAAUUUUCAGGAAGAAGUUGAAUUCCUAAAUCAAAUUUUCCCUAAUGGAGCAGCAUAUUGCAUGGGGCGAAUUAAUUCUGAUUGCUGGUAUUUGUAUACUCUGGACAUUCCAGAUGGAUAUGUUAUCAAUCAACCAGAUCAGACACUGGAAAUUCUAAUGAGUGAGCUUGACCCAGAAGUUAUGGACCAGUUCUACAUGAAAGAGGGUGUUACUGCAAAUGAUGUCACUCGUGUGAGUGGAAUUCGUGACCUGAUACCAGGUUCUGUCAUUGAUGCUACAAUGUUCAGCCCUUGUGGUUAUUCAAUGAAUGGGAUGAAAUCAGAUGGAACUUACUGGACUAUUCACAUCACUCCAGAACCAGAAUUUUCAUAUGUUAGUUUUGAAACAAAUGUAUCUCUAACAACCUACGAUGAUCUGAUUAGUAAAGUUGUGGAUGUUUUCAAGCCAAGGAAAUUUGUGACCACCCUCUUUGUUAAUCAGAGUUCCAAAUGUCGUACAGCAUUCAGUUGCGCUCAGAAGACUGAAGGCUUUAGACGUCUGGAUCGCCAAUUUGCGCAGUUCAAUGACUACAAUUUUGUUUUCACCAGUUUUGCCAAGAUCCAGCCACAGCAGAGUUGAUUAGAAAUUAUGAAGAAACGCAAAAAGAAAACUAAUGGUAGAGGUGGUGGGUGCUUUUUAGAUACCAGGGGCCAUGCUUUCUACAUCCAUCACCUAGUAGCUGCUGGAAGCCCUAAAUAUAAUCCUAGUAUGAGUUUAAAUUGUAUACAUUAUUAUAACGAGGAGAUAGAUAACUUGCAUGAAUGCUCUCUCCAGUGUGUAGGUAUUCUAUGCCACUCUUGCUGUGAAAUUAAAGUGCAUGUAGAUGCGUUAAACACAGACUGUAUGGGACUCAACAGCACAUGUAAAAAUGCACAUUGUCUUACACAAUGCAUCUGUUUUUUACAGGUGUCUCCAAAAGUUCACCACAGACAAGGUUUCCGCCCACCCUAAUUUUGUUAGGGUCAGGCCACACAAGCAGAUUCGGGGAGAUUAGUUGCCGUAGUUGAUUUCCGUUUUGCCGGCAGGGGGAAGACCGUUCGAGGAGAUUGUCCCCCGAAGAAGAGGCGAUUUGUCGCUGGGGUGUCUAAUCUCCCUGAAUCUGCUUGUGUGGCCUGACCCUUAAAAUAAUUAAAUUGCAGGCUUGGUGUUCUUGUACAAUUAGGCCUGUAUUGCAGGACCAUAAGUUUUCUUUUAACUGUUUAAAAACAAAAAAGUUUUAUUUUAAAAUCAAGAGUGUAUUUUUAGGGAGACAGAUUUAUAUCCUUCCAGUUUAUUUUAUUGUACUGUAUUGAGGGUGCUAGGCUUGUUACAGGAGCAUAAUUCAUUAAAAUGGCCAAUAUGUGCUAGUGAUAGGAUAAAGUGAUGCAGGAAAUUUUAACCUCAUGAAUUCUAACUUGAUCCAGGCCUUUUGUCCUAACUAUAUUGUUCUCUGCAAAACUUUCACAUUAGAUGUUUCUAAUUUGUGUAAACAAUAUACUGUAAACCAGCCCAGAUCCUGCUCCAGUUUGCAUCCCAUUUGAAAUCAAUGCAUUUUUAUCCUGCAUAAAAAAGAAACCUGUGACUUUGAGCAUGUGACUACUAUGCUGUAUUUGACAGUGCUGUAACCUCAUCCACUCACCCUUGUGAAUUGGUUUGGUGAUUUCCUUUAUACCAUGAUUUGGUAGCUUUAUGUAAUGAACAUUGGGACAUCUCAAAGGCGUUUUUAAGUAUUUUAUAAUUCAAUUGGAAAUUACUUGUUGGUUACCCUAACGGUUAGAUAAGGCUUUCAAAAAUGUGCCUAGCUCUGAAUUGAACUCUUUUGACCAUUCCCACUGUCUUUCUGUAAUACUGUUCUAUAUCCUUAUUGCAUAUAGUUCAGUUAUUCCAUAUGUCUUUGUCAACACUUUUUUAUAGUGUUUUGAACAACAUGCUUGCCUUGAAAUAGGGGUUGUAACAUCUGUUAUUUUUUUAAGCAUACAUUUUUUCAAAGCGUUCUGUUGCUCCUCUAGGAUAUUUCUUGUGCUUAUUUUUGAGGACCAAUAUUUUGCAUAGUUAAAGUUCUUGCUGUCUAAAUAACACAAACCCCUUAAAAAUGGGCUGCUAGUGCAGUGGUUAGUGCUUCAGAGUAUGAGCAUGUUCAUGGUGCGGACAUCCCAGACAGACCUUGCAAUUGACUGCCUUUGAACUAAGUCACAUGAUUCCUUUGCCUGUAAAACCUGUUGGGAGAUGAAUUCUGUCAAUUGGUUUGUGAAAACAUUUUCUAUAAGGGUUGAUACAUUGACAAGUCCAUUAUAUUGCACUAUGCUGAAUCAUACCCUCGGUACUAUGUACACAUCAAAAGAAACAACUGAAAACUAAAAAAGGAUCUUCUCUUGGGGAGAGGGGAAUUUGUCUCAAUUCUCUUUGUUAGACUCUGAUCAAUUGUAAUGUACUGAAUAUCUCUGUACCAUCUACCUAAUGCUUAAAUAAAACCGUGCUUAAUACAUUA